GUGUAGGCCGGGGGUGCAUACUGCAUAGAAUAGAACGGUGGAUGCGCCUCUCAAGUCUCAGCAAAGUCUAGUGUGUAAGCUGGGGGGAAAAGCUAAGGGAUAGAUAGGAUCAACUGCUGCAUGCUCUAGCCACGACGACAUAUAUAGCUAGGCAGCAGGUUGGAGAGUACGUAAUAGAGAGAUGAGGCAAUCGAGCCGGUUCAAGAGGAUUUGCGUGUUCUGCGGCAGCAGCUCGGGCAAGAAGACGAGCUACCGCGACGCCGCCAUCGACCUCGCCAAAGAGCUGGUGUCGAGGGACAUUGACCUGGUGUACGGAGGAGGCAGCAUAGGGCUCAUGGGCCUCGUCUCCCAGGCCGUCUACCACGGCGGCAAGCACGUCAUCGGGGUCAUCCCCAAGACUCUGAUGACCAACGAGGUAACAGGAGAGACAGUGGGGGAGGUGAGGCCGGUCGCGGACAUGCACCAGAGGAAGGCAGAGAUGGCCAGGCAGUCUGACGCCUUCAUCGCCCUGCCCGGGGGGUAUGGAACCCUGGAAGAGCUGCUUGAAGUGAUCACAUGGGCACAAUUAGGCAUCCACCGUAAGCCGGUUGGUUUGCUGAAUGUCGAUGGGUACUACAACUCCCUACUGACAUUCAUCGACCAGACCGUCGAUGAAGGCUUCAUCAACCCUAACGCUCGCCACAUCAUCGUCUCCGCUCCCACAGCACAGGACCUCAUGGACAAACUCGAGGAGUAUGUCCCUUACUGGGACAGAGUGGCCUCCGGGCUGAACUGGGAGACGAAGAUCAUCUAAUUAAGAUGCUGCAGCUACUGAUGAUUCCGGAAGCAUCUAGAGUUUCAGCACGACUCGGGCAGAUCAAGAUAAAUUAAAGUGCCCAUCAAUCAGUCAAGCUUAGUAUGCUAGUUGCAUGUGUACGAUCGAUCGAUCGAUGUAAUACUUGGCUAGCUAGCUAGCAAGUGUGGCAACCUUCAUUAAGCUCGUUUAAAUUUUGCAUGAAUUUCUUCCUCAGUUCAGUACGAAUCCAAGUUGCUGUAGGCUCCUAGUAAGCAUAGCACGGUACGUUGGCAACAAGUGGCGGGAAAUGGGACGGAAUCCAUGGAGAAGGUACAGUGCCUUUCCAGAGGUUUUAAACGGAAACAAAUCCUGUUGGGUCUGCUUAGGCCAGGCAGGGCCGCAGGGUUUCAGACGGUACUCCGAAGGUGCUGUGCAGCCCAUUCAAUUCAGCAAGGCCAAGGCGAUAUAUACAUUGAAUGAGGAUUCGAUUGCGUCUCAAGUGAUUUGCCUCAUGACAACGUACGGCAUACACUAUAAACAUCCAGAGCUAGCUUUAGAGUA